CACUCCCGUGGCUAACGUUAGCGCCUUCAUGAAAAGGGGCUUGAGUGAAGAACAAUAUUACGUUUUUUAAAAUAGUGAGAAUGCUUGGGAGCUGGCAAUGUAAUCUUUAGACAUGUUGUAGUUUUCUUAAAUUUAGUUUUGUAAUGGACUAAAACAAGCAGACAACAAAAUUUCCGUGUGAAAAAUGUCAAGUUUUUGCUGUGAGGCAUUUAGGUAACCAAGGUAACCACAGGUUGUUUUCACCAUAGGCGGGCGGUGCCCACAACGUUCUAUUUAAAACCGACUGGCACUAUACCAAAGAAGAAGAAGUAAACGGAAGUGAACAGUGACCAUGAACAAUUUACACGUUAGAGGUUUUAUUGUUGUUAUGAAUACGUUUGUUAACAUCAUGGAACCCAAAAUGUCACUAAUUUAACUGCACAGCAUCACAUACGUACCCCAUCUAGUGUUUAAUUUGCGUUGAAGACAGGACUUGGUUGAUGGAUGCUAUCUAUGUAACGCGAACUAGUUGCUAAGUAACGUUACGCUAGCUAACAAUGGCUAACUGUAUGGUUUUUCACACACAAAUAGCCUCCAUUAUGGAGGUGCUAGCAAACGCAGCUGUGGUAGAGAUCUGUAAACUCGUAGAUGACGACUAUGCAGUGUUUCGUUUGGAAAUGACUCAAAGCCAGAAAGAAAACAGGUCAUUGCAAAGGAAACUACAGCUUCUGGAACUGAAGGUGGCACGGGAGCGCGCCGUUGCUAGUCCCAGUAGUGUCAAGAUCCAUGACCGACACAGAAGAAUGGCAAGAGGUGAAAGAUAUCUCACUGGAGGCCACAAGAGCUUUGUGAAGCCAGCGGGACACAAUACAUGCAGAGAUGACCAACCAAUCACUGUUGAUGAGGGGAGUGGAACCUCAAUCCAGAACGUUAUCGUGAUCGAGUCUACAGAGGCUGCAGGUCCUGGGGUCAAGCAGGAGAGGUCUGAAGGAAAGCAGGACCCAUGGCACAGUAGAGACAUCCAGAAUGGAGUGGCUGGACCGCCCCCUGUAGCCACAGAAAACCCCACCACUACGCAGUCCAGGACCCGACACAGCAUCACGGAGGUCAGUGGAAUGCCGAGCGACAUCCUCAAGUCAAAGACAGAAACCGAGACUUUAACUGUAACACAAAUACAAUUACACAGAGGAUCUGACCACAGAUCAGACCCAGAGAGACUGGGCCUGGGGAGACUGGGCUGUCCUCCUGACUCAGAGUAUUUACCUGUAUUUCACCAGAGCCAGAGGACUGUUCAUUCCCAUGGUGAUGGUGACUCGUUAGACACUGGAGGUGAUGGUCCGUCUUGUUCUUAUGCUACAGAGAUGGACCCUAACAACAUGCCCUUGGAUUUAGAGAGACAGACUAAUCUGUCUAGAGGGGACUGGAACCGGUACAGUAGUAGUGUAUACUCUGAAGGGUGCCUAGAUGAGAAAGGGGAGGUUAUAGUGGUAGAUGAAGUGACUGUGAAAGUGGAGGGCGACGUUCCUCCCACAUGGAAUGCAGAUAGUCACCUUGGAGAUGGACUCACACAGGACAGAGACUUCUUAGAUUACAGGGAAAGCUUAGAGACAAGUGCAAAUGUCGCUACCCACUCCCCUUUACAUACGUUCAGGGAUUGCAACCCAGUGUCCAGAUCGAUAGGGCCUACUGAUCCACACCGCCUCGUCCUUUUCGAUAAGGGAUUGAACUCAAAUUACAGAGCUAGAGACCAGGCUCGGGGUGGGGGAGCAACAUUAGGCAAAAGUAAAGAGAAACGUUUCCUCUGCAUGUUCUGUAACAAAGGCUUCAGCUGCCCCCAGAAGGUGGAGAUCCACCAGAGAGUCCACACAGGGGUGAAACCCUUCAGCUGUACCCAGUGCCCCAUGGCCUUCGCUCAAGCUGGUGACCUGAAGAGGCAUCAGAGGGUCCACACGGGGGAGAAACCCUUCAGCUGUACCCAGUGUCACAUGGCCUUUGCUCAGGCUGGUCACCUGAAGAGACACCAGAGGGUCCACACAGGGGAGAAAUAAUACAGCUGACCCCAUUGUCAGAAGAAUUCUUACGCCAGCUGAAGAUGCACCUGAAGGUCUACAUGGGAGAAAGGCCAUUCGCCUGUACUCACUGCGGGGAGAGGUUCUCCGAGAGGAGCUACCUCAGGAUACACCAGCAGAAAAAACAUUCCACUCUAUAACAUAGAAAGCAACCAUUCCACUCAAUAGCUUCUGACGGUUGUAUCAAACCCUGCAUUAAAGACAAAGAUGAACUGUCAUUGUUGUCGUCAUGAAAAAUAUCCACAGACGCAUUUGGUAUUACGAGAGUUACAGAUUUCAGUGUAGAAUAUUUUGCAUCCAGACAUUGUGUGAUAUAUAAGGCAUAUAUAUGGCUGGGAGAUUCAAAUUCAUGUUUUAACGCAAUGUUUCAAAUGCAUGUAUCGCAAAAAUGUUGUUUUUAUUUUUAGAUAUUUUUUGCGUUCUACAGUGCCUUCAGAAAGUAUUCAUACCCAUUAACUUAUUCCAUAUUUUGUUACAACCUGAUUUAAAAUAAUAAAUAUCAACCAUCUACACAACACCCCAUAAUGAAAAAGUGAAAAUAUGUUUUUAGAAAUUUUUGACAUUAUGGGUUAUUGCGUGUAGGCCAGUGACACACAGUCUUAACAUUCAGGCUGUAACACAACAAAAUGUGGAAAAAGUCAAGCGGUGUGAAUACUUUCUGAAGGCACUGUCUUUUUGGUCUCGCGUCCUUCGCUCCUUCUGGCUGUGUGCACUGUGCACCUUCCCACUCCUACACAGACACCAAGUCCCUCCGAUGCCACUCACAACAACGAUGAUAGAUAACUUAACCUUUCUGACUAUACCCAUUUUUUUCUCACAAAAUUGUAGACAGAGCAGAUCCUACUAAAACGAGAGUAUCAAUGAACAUGAUUGUGGAAGAUUCAGUUCUGUCGUGUGCUCGGCAUUGUGUUACCAUGUACCGCUAGCAGUAUUUUAGCCACAGUGUGUUUUAUAAAUGUGCAAUGAGCAUUAAAAAAGGAAUUGGCAAUUUGUUCUCAUUCUGAGAAAUAAGCAUCUUCUUAUGCAGGUAACCCACUUGAUUUCAACAUCUAAUCAAAGUGAACAGGCUGUUGUUCAAACAGUUGGAGAUGGACAGGAGGGUGCCAUCACAACAGUUCAACCUUGGUAGCAAGCAAAUAGAUCCAAGUUAACCAAUAAACUUGGAUUUGAAGUUGGCUAGACUUUAAAUCUAAAUAUUAGCUGGCUACUCACUAGAACGUGGGCUUGUGCUUGAGAGAUUGUUUAUGAGACCUGUGUUCAUUUUCUAUAAUGCCUGCUACAAGAGGCUAGUCAUUAUUAGUGAAUGUGGAUAGUUCUGGUAAAAGGUUAUCAAAAAUGGUAUUUUCAUGGACUUGAAAGCUAGAUCAGUGAUUAUUGCAAAAAAAGCAGUUUAAACUAUUUUGAUAAAAUAAUUACAUUAUUAGUGGGUCUUAUGGUUGUGGAAGGCAUGUAAUUUAGCCUACAGUAGGUAUAAUUUUACAAGCCCUGAUUUAUUUAUGACUGUUUGAAAUUAAUUGUAUUAAACUUUAAUUGUGCAACAAAGAUUAUUUAAAGAGAACUUUAGAAAAUUGAGAUCAAUGAACCAAAGGUUUGAAAGAUUCGAGCUGAUUUUUAAGCCAUAUUGCCCAGCCCUAGGCAUAUAUAAGCCUAAAAAGUAUGUUAUGUAUUGUGUUUGUACUGUGUGUUCACAAAUGCCUAUUACAUUACUUCCAUUCAACUCCUUAAUUUCUUUCCCAAGACACUUUUAAUUAGGAAAUGGAGUUUAUCAUUCAGAUUUCUAGUUGAGACGUGUGUAUGUGUGGUUUUCAUAUGGUGUAUUUAAAACUUGUGUGUUUUAAUAAACACAAAAUGGGACUUUU